GGAGUUCUCGCUCCUCAGGAAACCCUGCAAGUUCGGAUCGCUACUACAAGAACAUUUGUCUCAGUGGAUUAUCCUCACUGUCAGGAGCCCAGCCAGAAUGAAACUAGUUCACGUAGCCCUGCUCUAUCUCGGCUCUGUGACCUUCUUCGGGGUGGAUGCUGCAAGGGUGGACGUAGCGACAGAGUUCAAAAGAAAAUGGACGAAAUGGGCACUGAGCCGAGCGAAGCGGGACGUGAAGCCUUCGGGCACGCUCCGAGGGCUGGGGGCAGCCGCCGACGUGCAGCCGCUCAUACGGACCCAGGACGUGAAGGAGGAUCCCCGACUCUCGCAUCCCAGGUAAAUUCCAGCCCCUUCUGGGCUCGGGCACUUGCUCGAGACAGUGGAAAGUUUCAGGGUCCCCUCGUUUCCGGGUGGUUAGGCUUAUUCUCGCUAUAGGUCCCCCAAGCCCCGGAGACAGGUCCUGCCCGGGCUGCACAUCGCGCUGAAAGCAGCCUCCCGCCUC